AAAGCAUUAGCUCAACUUUUAAUUAGGUUUGGGAGAGAGAUAAUACUUAAAUGUUGUAACACAUGACUAUUUCUUUCCUUCCCACUUUAUUUUUCAUCUAUCAGGUAUUGUUCAUUCCUCCAUCCAAAGCCCUAAACGCCAUAGAAUCCGAUCAUUGCCCAGAGUCCUUCUCCUGUGGAAGCCUCAACAGCACAUGGUUCCCAUUAAGCCGAUCAUCGGGGCCCGCGGGGUGCGGGCUGCUAACCGUGGAUUGCGACGCCAAACCGAACCCGAAACUUGAAUUUGGAAGUGAAACAUAUGAUGUUUUAGGAAUGGAUUAUCCUUUUUUGAAGCUUUCAGACAUGUACCUGUCCACUUCUUUGAAGGAAAGAAGCUGCAGCUUUCUCUACAGGAAUAUCACUUUCAUGAAUUCUCCUUCCAUUGUAUAUAGAGUCAGUCCCAUCAUCAUAUUAUACAGAUGCAGAAGGAAGAUGAAGGUUGAUCAUCAGUUCCAGAGUUAUGAGAAGUAUGAUGGCUGUGAAGGAUUUAGUGUGUUUUACAGAAAUCCAUAUACCAGUGGAGGGUCCUCUCAAGAUCAAGGUGGAAAUUCACCUAGCAGCAUUCUUCCUCACCAUUGUUCUGUCAUUCGAUUGCCACUCACAGAUAAUGAAACAAAUGACAGUGACUUAUUCCAUCUGCUGUCAUCUGAGUUCUUCAUGAGUUGGUCACUAACUGAAAGUUGUAACGAGUGUCACUAUGGGCUUAAAGGACAAUGUUUGACUGACCCGAAAACGAACACAUUCAAUUGCUCUGUUUCUAGUGAUGGGGAUAACAAUGACCUCCCUGCUUCAGCCUCAGCCUCUCCUUCAGAGCCGUCACACUCUCCCUCUCGCUCGAACUCAUCUUCUCCUGUGUUGAAAUCGCCUUCUUCCGCCCUCUUAAAAUUAGUAAUACUUGCAGUUUCAGUUGGAUUCAUCCUCACCAUCAUGGCUGGCCUCACAAUCUAUUUUCUCAGAACACACACAAUGUGCUUGUGGCGUAAUUUAUGGAGAAACGCGUCUUCAAAUGGUUGCAUCAUAGACCGGAGCCACGAGUUACAAAGCAAUUACUUUGGAGCUCCUAUGUUCUCUUACUUGGAACUUGAAGAAGCCACUAAUAAUUUCCAUGUUGGUAGAGAAAUUGGUGAUGGAGCUUUUGGAGCUGUCUACUAUGGAAAGCUUAGAGAUGGGAGAGAAGUUGCAGUGAAGCGUCUAUACGAUUUGUCCCGCAAGAACAUAUGCCUCUUCUUUAACGAGGUUGAAAUUCUCAGCCGCCUAAGGCACCCCAAUCUCAUCACGCUCUACGGAUGCACAUCGACUCAUUCCCACGCGCUUCUCGUCUACCAGUUCGUCCCCAACGGGACUGUUUCCGACCACCUCCACGGUGAAAGAGCAAAGGAACGGCUGCUGACGUGGCCGAUACGGAUGAGAAUCGCCGUCGAGACAGCAGGGGCAUUGUCGUACCUUCACGCUUGCGACACCAUUCACCGAGACGUGAAGACCACAAACAUUCUCCUCGAUGGCGAUUUCCGGGUCAAACUUGCCGAUUUCGGCCUAUCCCGGCUUUUACCCGGUGACGCCACCCAUAUAUCCACGGCGCCUCAGGGAACGCCGGGAUACGUUGACCCGGAAUACCACGAAUGUUACCGUCUAAAUGAAAGGAGUGACGUUUAUAGCUUCGGGGUGGUGCUUAUAGAGCUCAUAUCAUCAUUGCCGGCUAUUGAUAUAAGUAGGCAGAAGCAUGAGGUGAAUUUGGCAAGUUUUGCCAUGACGAAGAUGUUAAGCCGUGAUUUACGGGGGUUGGUCGAUCCAUCGCUUGUUGGGACUGGGAAUGAUGGUACUAAGGUAAUUGAAAUGAUGAUUGCCGUGGCGGAGUUGGCAUUUCAGUGUUUGCAAGCUGAGAAUGAAAUGAGGCCUAGCAUGGAUGAAGUGUUGGAAAAAUUGGAGGAGGUUUAUCAUGGAGGGGAGUUUAGAGGUGAGAAAGAAUGUGAUUCUCUUAGUAGGCCUUCUUCAGAAGCUGCUGUGAUCUUAAUGGAUAAAACCAUGUCAGAUUCUUUCAGAUAAUCUAAAAUAUACUAAGAUGUGUUUUUGUAUACCACUAAUAGUUCAAUAGUUCUUCUAGCGUUCUUAUAGUUAUACUACGUAAUAAUUAGCCACAUUAGUUCUGGAAAUUAAUGACUAGUUAAAUCUUCACUGACCCCUGCGAAUUCGAACUAAUGACAUGAGAGAUCUAAUAUUUUGUUCUUGGAUUCAGAUCAGCUGAACAGCCC